AUCCGCUCCAUGCUCGAGUCCGAGGCGCUGGCCAAAUCGUACAAGGGUUCCAGCCCGGACCCUGACAACCCGAUUGUCUGGCACAAGGAUGCUCAGUUGGUGUUUAACGAGCGUUACAUUGAUGCGGAUAGGGCGCAUUUUUUGGAUCCGUUCUUUGUGCCGAUGGGACAAAGCCUAUCGCCCCUAGACGAUGCCGGGCCAACGCGCUACCCGAAUGGGGAGGGAGUUGCUAACUCGGAUGUAUGUUGUUUGUCCUGCACCAGUAUUUCAUCUGUGUUCGUCGUUGAUUCUCGUGAAUGCUAUCCUGUUCCGUCUUCAAGAAAGGUGGGGAGGUCGUUGUCACCGUGCAAUUCUCGUCUGUGGUUGUACAUGGUCGGGUACGAUGAAACGAGAGAUUUAGAUGACGACAACGUCCCCCCGAUAUGGACAUGCAGCUCGACUUUGGGUGGAUGGGACACGAAUGUUGAGAUAGAGGUGUCCAUAUCGCAGUGCGCCGAGGCAGUGGUGUCUAGGCGAGAGUUUUGUGAAGCACAUAUGGUGCAAACGCUCGAAACAGCAGACCCCCGGCAAUAA